CCAGCUACAAUGGUUGCAGAAUAUUGGUGGACCACAAAAUGCUAAUGGCCAACUUCAAAGAACCACAAAUAAUAGUAUGCUGCCUAUGAGACCGCAUAACAUUGCAAAUCUAUUUACCGGUACUUCCGUUCAACAAUAUACUGACUUAAUUAACGGCACAAAUCCAUUCACUGGAGCGCAUGGUGUAGAAAAUCCACCGCCACAGAACUCUGAAUUUACGACACAGCUGUUUUUAGGGGGUUCAUUUCCAUAA